UAGACGUUCACUCCUCUAAGGGUCAGGUCAGAGAAGCGCGCCCCCUCUAUCGCGCGCAGUGCCGCUGUUUUAUAGAGCAUCUUGGAGAAUCGACUGUGUCUUUUCGCCCAGAGGUAAAUUACUUCUCAUUGAGACGAGAUAAGAAUUAUCGACUUUGUAAUCACAUAGCCGUGGGUGUUGAACACUGAUCAGCCAGCGAUGGCCGAUGCAGCGAAGAAGAGUGUGGUGGCGGAGCGGACGUUCGCCCCGGUGGACGACGAGGAUGACUCAGAGAAGGACGUCUUCUUCGACGACGUGAUGGAGUGGUGCUGCGGCUCGGGCCGCUGGCAGGUGCUGCUCGUCUCCUACAUGUCCAUGAUCUGGCUCAUCCUGCCGGCCAUCAGCAUGGCGAUGAUGUUUGUCGGCGCGUCUCCCGACUUCAGAUGUGCCGACGGGUUCGACGCCAACGUCACGUUCUCUGCGCUGCCGGCCGACACGCCCCGGUGUCACCCCGUGGGUGACGCCGGCGCCUCCUGCUCGCGCUGGGUGUUCGACACGUCCAUGUACGAGUCGACCGUGGUGACCGAAUGGAACCUGGUGUGCGGCCGCAAGCCGCUGCUGUCCAUGCUGCAGUCGUGGGUGAUGCUCGGCGGGAUCGUGGGCUCGGCCAUCAGCGGCCAGCUGUCCGACCGGUUCGGCAGGAAACCCGUCUUCCUCUCCACGGCCGUCACCAUCCUCGCCUGCGCGUUCGCGUCGGCGCUGGUGACCGAUUACGCCAGUUUCGCGGCGGUGCGGUUCGUGACCGGCGUGGCGAUGGCCACUCUGGUGGGCUGCCACACGGUGAUGACCAUGGAGAUGGCCGGCCGGCGCACCCGCGCCGCCUUCGGCACCCUCUCCGGCCUGCCGUUCCCCUUCGGCAUCAUGCUGGUGGCGGCCGGCUCGUACGCGCUCCGCUCGCAUCGGCAGCUCCAGCUGGCCUACGCGGUUCCCUUCGUUUUCCUGCUGUCCAACUUCUGGCUUCGUCCCGAGUCGCCGCACUGGCUGGUCGUGCAGGGCAGGUUCGCAGAGGCGUACACUAUCCUGGAGCGCGGCGCACGCUGCAACCGUCACCCGAUGCCGCCCAAGGAGGAGGUACUGGCCAAGAUGCGCCGCGUCCGAGACAGCCUGCUGGCGCGCGAGGCGGCGGCGCACCGGGCCACCGGCAGAGGCCGCCAGGGCUGGCGGCAGCUGGUCGGCUCUCCGAUCCUCGUCCGCUACUCCGCGGUCGCUUUCUUCAUCAGCUUCGUCAUCUGCGGCGCCUACUUCGGCGUGACGUUCGACAUGACUCAGCUGAGCGCCAGCCCGCACCUGGCGGCCGUGCUGUCGGCGCUGGUGGAGCUGCCCUCCUACUGCGUGUUCCCGCUGCUGGACCGGCUGGGCCGGCGCGGCUCGCUGGUGGCCUUCCUGCUGACCGGCGCCGGCGCCAUGCUGCUGGUGCUGGCAGACCGGCGGCCCGCCGUCUGGAUGGCGCUCGGACUGGUGGCCAAGUUCGGCGUGAGCGCUGCCUUCGUCGGCGUCUGGGUGCUGAUCGGCGAGUGCAUGCCGACCACGGUGCGCGGCCUGGCGUUCGGCGUUUGCCAGACGGGCGUGCGGCUGGGCGGCGCCGCGGCGCCGUUCGUGGUCGACCUGGUGAGCGACCUGCACCCGGCGGCGCCGUCGGCCGUGUUCGGCGCUGCCAUGCUGGCCGCCGGGCUGGCCACCCUGCUGCUGCCGGAGACCAACAACCAGCCGCUGCCGGAGACGGCCGUCGACAUAGAGAACAGAACCAGCAGGAAGAAGGCCGCCGGUGACCUGCAGGGCGUCAGCGGCAACGGCACGGCACUGGAUCUGGAGAAGGUCGAACUGUCGGACAGCUUCUAAUAGAGAUUUUAUAGGUACAUAACUUGUGAUUUAUUAGCUGGCUGGUUAUCAAUAUGUAAUUGAAAUACAACGUCGCGGUGAAUGGUCAGAAAUUGAGCUUCAUAUUCACGCAUAUUAUCUGGAAACUU